AUGGAUGCGGGCUUUGAGUAUCAGGCCGAAUAUGCGAAAAGUGGUCGGUCAAGUUGUAGAUCCUGUAAGAAUACCAUUGCAAAGGACGCACUGAGAAUAGGAGUCUUUGUUCAGUCGCAUACAUUCGAUGGAAAAAUGAUCCUUUGGCAUCAUUGCGGUUGCUUUUUUAAAAAAAGCCAAGUGCUGCAAACAAGUGCCAUAAAGAACUUCGACAAACUGAGAAUCAGCGGCUUCAGCAAACUUAAGGUGCAGGAGAAGUUCGAUCUGUUAGACGCUAUAAAGAACGUUGAAUUGCCUUCAGUCAAACGAGGUUCCUAUGGCUCCGAGAAGUCUGAAAAUCGUCUUCCAACCAAAAAAUCGAAAUUACCGACUGGCGAGAAAGAAUCGUCUAAGUAUGCCUUGAAGGCAAGUUUCAGAAAGCAGAGCAAUAAACUUUGGCGUCUUCGUGAGCAGUUGGACGCGGAAGUGUCGACAAGUGCGCUGGUGGGUUUGCUUGAGUCUAACUCGCAGCUUGUGCCCUCAGGUCGCGCCGCCCUCCUUGACGCCGUUGCGGACGCGAUGCUCUUCGGCGCUCUUCCUCACUGUCCCCUUGACAGCGCUCCACUAGUCUGUGUGGAUGGCGGUUACCGUUGCUCCCGUCUUGCCGACCACUGGGCGCCCUGUCUCUUCUCUGCCACUGCAACCGAUGCUGCUUCUCUUGCUCGCAGCCCUUUCCAUGUCCCUGAGGAGUAUCACGACGUCCCCUUUCUAAGGACAUAUAAGUGCAAGCCACGAGUGCGUUUAUUUACUGAGUCGUCGAGUGCUUCUACCGGACUCUUUGAUAAGAGAACGCCGUUAGCAGGCCUGCACUUCCUUCUCGACCGCGGGUCCUUCUCCGACGAUGCAACCGAACGCCAUCUUGCUGCCAGUAUCAGGUCUCUUGGAGGUUCACUCCUCGACACAGUAAGUGAUUGUUUAUGUAGUUUUGGUCUUCAUGAAGGGUGUAUUUUUCGAUUAAAAUGUUCAGUCAGGUUAUCCCUCAUCAUGAAGCAGACUGUAGCGUGA